UAUGUAUUUACUUUGUUAAUGAAUCCAUGAGUAACACGAAGUGCCCGAUCGUACUCUUUACCCCAGCUUGUUAGCUUAAAGAUCGGGUCAAAAGCCAUCCACACAUUUAGAAAUCUUCUUUGCGAGAUGGAAGCUAAUCUGGAAGAGUUGAAGGAGGCAAUGGAAACGUUUGAUUCUUCGUUGUUUGAAAGAUGCCCUGUGCAUAAGAUGCCACACGAGGAGAAGAAUCGAUAAAUAAAAACGGAAGUUUUUUACGAUGUACAAAAUUUUUUAAGUGUCAUACACAUGUUAUCAAGAGGAAAUGGCUAUGUUGCUCACUACUCGUCACUGGGGAUCGGACGAAUCGUUUAGUUGCUUUAGCAAGACAUUCGUGAGCAAAUUCACAAAAUCACAAGAAAAGCCGAACAAUGACAAGUCAGUUUCGGCGUCCGAUCAUCUGCCUGAAGACAUUUCUCGGAAACAGACAGCGAAACGCAAUGCGUUGAAUGUUUCAUCGAAAAUUGCAAAAUCGAAGACGACUAAGGCCUACAAUGACAUCGUCUUGGAAUCUAGUCACGUAAAAGCAUCGGCACUUCUAUACGAAAUAACAGAUCGCACUAAUCAGUUAGCCCAACCACGUGUUCGAACCAUUGAAGAAAAGCUGACUCAGACACGGCCGAAUUCAGUACAGAUUCCGAAAGCAUCGUCACGUAUUAUUGAGCUUUCUAAGCCACGGAUUCCUUAUCAGUAUCCCCCUAAACCAAUUGGAUACGUCGCGCCUGGUGCUCUCACGGCCGUCGCCACUCAGCGUAUAAUUGAAUUAUCGAAACCAAAAAAGAAGCGGAGAUCGAAAGUGUCGAGCAAAAGAAAAUCAAAAUUGCAUAAUGAAAAGUCACGAAGUUACGUAAGGCGCGGUAAAAAGAAGUUGGAUCAUAAAUACACUGCGUUGCUUCGUCAUAAGAAUGAUCGAAAAAUGAGGAGCAAGAAGAGACAAUUGAAAACUUCAAACUCUGACAGGACCAUUAUCAUGGUUGGCUUGAAAUUGAAGGAUGAUAAGAAAACUCGUCGACAUUCCUGACUACUGAGAACGAAGCGUCAUGUUUUCUCACUGUCGUUCGCAGUUUCAUAACACAGUCGCUGUUUCUAAUUGUGCGUAAUGAAUUUUCCACCCGUAUGUAAUAUUUUAACGUCUACUUAUACAUGAUAAUAAGCGUUGUUAAAUCAGCGAAAUUUACAAACUAA